AUGGUUAGUUUAACCUUUAAAAACUUCAAAAAGGAAAAAGUUCCUUUAGACUUAGAACCCUCAAACACAAUUUUCGAGGUUAAGAGCAAACUUGCUCAAUCCAUCUCUUGUGAAGAAUCCCAAAUAAAACUGAUCUAUUCAGGUAAAGUACUUCAAGAUUCCAAAACUGUGUCAGAAUGCGGGCUUAAAGAUGGUGACCAAGUCGUCUUCAUGGUUUCGCAAAAAAAGUCUGCAAAGACCAAAGUAACAGAACCUCCAGUUGCUGCUGAACCCACCGCUACUACCCCUGCCAGAGAAAACUCCACAGAACAAGUUUCCUCCAGUACAAAUACUCCCGCAGCCACUGUCGAUGAAGGCUCGCAACAACAGGAAGAACAAACUUCUACUACAGAACCAACUGAGUCGGCUUCUACACCAGGAUUCGUGGUAGGAGCCGAGAGAAACGAGACCAUUGAGAGAAUUAUGGAAAUGGGAUAUCCAAGAGAAGAAGUUGAACGCGCCCUGAGAGCUGCCUUUAAUAACCCAGAUAGAGCGGUAGAAUAUUUACUGAUGGGUAUCCCAGAGAAUCUACGUCAACCAGAACCACAGCAACAAGCUGUGACUGCGACCGAACAUCCUUCGACAGCCGCCACUACUACGGAACAACCAGCGGAAGAUGACUUAUUUGCCCAAGCUGCCCAAGGCGACAACGCUUCUUCUGGCUUACCUGGUUCAGCUGGAGGUGCUGCAGGAGCAGCUCAUGGUGGGCCUCCAGGUUCCAUUGGUUUGACUGUAGAAGAUUUACUUUCGUUGAGACAGGUCGUUUCAGGUAAUCCAGAAGCACUAGCCCCAUUAUUGGAGAAUAUAAGUGCCAGAUAUCCUCAAUUACGUGAACAUAUCAUGGCAAACCCAGAAGUGUUUGUUUCCAUGUUAUUAGAGGCCGUUGGUGAUAACAUGCAAGAUGUUAUGGAGGGUGCGGAUGACAUGGUGGAAGGAGAUGAUAUAGAGGCUUCAGGAGAGGGUGCUGCUGCAGAACUGGGUCAAGGUGAAGGGGAAGGUUCAUUCCAGGUGGACUAUACUCCUGAAGACGAUCAGGCUAUUUCGCGCCUCUGUGAAUUAGGCUUUGAAAGAGAUCUUGUUAUUCAAGUGUAUUUCGCAUGUGAUAAAAACGAAGAAGCUGCAGCCAAUAUUUUAUUCAGCGAUCAUGCCGAUUAA